AUGAAAUUCGACACAAGCAUUGUCGAUAAGAUUGAAAUCGAAAAGGAUGGUCAAGUCUAUAAGAAACGUCCGGCCAUAUGGUCGGAAGCAUUCUGUCGAAGCCUUCACCAUCUGUCUCUACAUCCCAUCUGGGCAAAGAACCUCGGGCUGCUCGUCACCGCUCUGCAGUACGCCUCCGUCCUCCGCACUAAGAACUACCAGUAUUGGCCGUUGGGCAAUAAUACAAACGACAACUUUCUCGCCGCCUUUAUUGAUGUAAUCGACAAACACAAGGGCCAGGGCAAGCCGCUGUACGAGCUACACGGCAAGACGAGGGAGCGAAUCACCAAGCCAGCAUGUGAUUCGUCCUUGUUGUCGAACCUGAUGCUGGUUCUUGAGGAAGGCGUUGUUCCCGAUCCUGAAGCGGAGCCUCGUGGGAAUGGCAGGAAGUUCCGACCAUACAAGAUUAGCAUUCAGGAGAUCAACAACCUCAACAGGGCCUUGGCCAACUCUACAUACAGGGGUAGACCACGCGGGGGAGGCUUCACGCCCAAGGAAUUUGCCAAAAUCACCGCCCACGGUCGAAGACCAUUGGAAGAGCUCCCAGGCGAGAGCAAUAUUGCCGAACUUUACGAGCGAGCCAUUCUUAAAUGUCUACGAUGGGAAGCCAAGAACAAGAAUCAACGAGCCCGACUCAACGUGCCAAAGACUGAGCCUCACCGACGGCCGGGUCGCUGCGAGGAAGCACACGGAGAUGACGCGACAGAGAAAGCUCAGCUGAGGGAAGAACUUGCCGCGUCAAGACGCAAAGUAGAAGAAUAUCGGGCGGAACUGCGAGCACAAUCACGAAGCGAGGCUGAGAACCAGGAGUUGAAAGGCAGGCUGGAAACUCGACCUGGCGAUCGUUCAAUGAUGGAGCAGAUCUUGCAGGAGGAAGUUGACUUCACAAGACGCCAGUACGACACAAUAAUGGCGAAACUACGAGCGCCACAUGAAAGGCCUAGCGCCGAGGGGAAACUUCAGGCUGAGAACCAGGAGUUAAAGAGUAAUGUUGGUGGACAUGCGCGGAUAAAGAAAGACCUCAGAAACAGACUGACACAAAGCGACCAGGCAGCCGCGCAGCUGGAGACUGUACAAGCUGAGAAGGACGACCUCGAGGCAAAGCUCAAGUCCAUGGAAGCCAGGCUUAAGUCCAAGGGGGCCUCGGCCAGGAGAAGGAAGAAGAAGAAUCGCAAGUUGGAGAAGAAACUGGAAUCCUUUCGCUUGCAGACGGAGGCUAGAAUCCGAGUGAAUGAGCCAUCAGGCUCAUCCGACGACAUGGGCCUUGGCUCGGACAACAUGAAUGCUGGCCCGGAAAGCACGAACCCGCGACCGAAAGAGAUUGGAAAUGGGACCUCUGAAGGCGGCAGUGAUGGGCACACCGAAGGUGGCCACAAUGAACCCGCCGCAGAGCUAUCUGAAGCUGAAAUCUUGACCAAGAUGCUUGCAGUGACACGUCCCAAAGAGAAAUGGCGUCACAGCACUGAAUAUUACCACGUGCUCUCUCGAGAUCCCUUAAAGAGGGUCGCCCAUCCGGAAUACAUCUAG